GAAGAUAAUCACCGUUCGUUCUUAACCACGAAAAUCAAAGUUCACGCAAGUUAUUGCAUGUUUUUGGUUUCCACAAAAAUAAGAAAUUUGCAGGUGAUUGAGGAGGAAAGAGAUGCUGGAGCUGUGGAAUUGAGCAGACAGUAGGAGAAAUGACAGCACUUCAACUGUGUCAACUGCCACUUUCACCUGCUGCAACCCAAUCCUCCUUUCGUCGCACCCAUUCAUGCUUAUUUCUAGCUCUGAGUGAUAAAAGCCAGACCAUAAUUCAAAGGAGGAAAACCAGAGGAAAAACUGUACGGGUUGGGAAGGAGGAUCUUACAGAAACACAACUACCCACCUCCUCACCUUCCCAAAAUCAACAGCCGCAGCAGCAGCAAGAACCUGACCUCCUAGACCUUGAAUAUGUUCGCCAAAUCCAAAAAAUCUUGGAGCUACUUAGGAAAAAUAGGGACAUGCUCUUCAGCGAGGUUAAACUCACCGUAAUGAUUGAGGAUCCCAGAGAAGUUGAGAGACGAAGAUUACUAGGAAUUGAGGACCCUGAUGCGCCAACCAGAGACGAUUUAGCAGAAGCUUUAGAGCAGGUCAAUGAAGGAAAAGUUCCAGAAGAUCGUGUUGCUCUGCGGAUGCUAGCUGAGGAAAUGAUGCAAUGGCCCAAUUUAGAGGUGGAAGUCCCAAAGAAAAAACGAAGUAAAUCAUUGUAUGCAAAAGCGACAGACACAGGAGUAAAUCCUGAAGUAGCUGCUAAGAGACUCAAUAUCGAUUGGGAUUCAGCUGCUGAAAUUGAUGAUGAUGACACUGCCAGCGAUGAAGCAGAAGUUCCUCCAGCUGUGGGUUAUGGAGCACUGUACUUAGUGACAGCUUUUCCAGUCAUCAUUGGUAUAUCUGUUGUAUUGAUUUUAUUUUAUAAUUCUCUCCAGUAGAAAUUUCAUCUUGACUAUGGAUUGCAAUGUACAAUUUCACUUCAAAAGACAUAAAUUCCCUUAAGCAGUCAAGCUUGUAUACUGAAAUGUAGAAAUAGAAUAAUGCCUGAUGAAAUUGAUCUUCCAAAGCA